AUGGUAGGCGACAGCUGCAUGGAAGGCACCGCCUCUCUAUCUGUACCAGAAGCGUUGGCAUCAAAUUGUGAUGCUACUUCAAAUAAUGAUUUAUCUACAAAUAAUCCGGACGAACCCGCUGCCACUGCUGCAUUCUCAUUUGUUUGUCUUGGUGUGGGCGGCGGCCCGUUUGACGAUGACUGCUCUUGUUACGUGAUGAAACCCGCGGAUAGGGCUUGGCACGAAGGUACUGUGCUGGUUGAAGGGGGCUCUUUCCUGGGCUCGCUCAAAAAAUGUUUGCAGCCGCCAGAUUCUGUUUUUUAUGAUGCUGAGUUUCCGCCUGACGUAGAUGCGGAUGGUCGUACUGAAAUCUUCAAUUCAUGGAUCAAUAAUGUGUUUAUUUCUCAUGGACACCUCGAUCACAUAUAUGGACUUGUCCUGGCGUCUGCAAAUAACCGUGUUCAGCGUCCUGUAUACGGUCUGGAAGACACUCUCGAAACGAUUUUAACUGUAUUUAAUGGUCGUAUUUGGCCCCGUCUUGCCUCUUAUGAUGAGUCUGAUCCCAUGGCUUUUUACCAUUUGCGCACUCUGAAAAUCAAUGCACCACUUCGCAUCGCUCCAGAGGUGGAUGUAACAGCUUUUCCAAUUUCCCAUGGCCCAGCCCGUCUCUCUGAGGGUACAACGUGUUUCAAUGACGAAAUACUCCAUGCUGAGCCGAUAGAACAUCCACCUUGCGAAAUGGAUGGAACUUUCUGCAGAACCGUAUCCACUGCUUUCUUGUUCACGAACCAUCGACGCGACAUGGACGUAUUAUUUAUGGGUGACGUCGAGCCUGACUUAGUCUGCCAUUCAUCGUGCAACAGCACACUUUGGGAGAAUGUUGCCCCUCGAGCAGCGCAAAACAAGCUUAAAGCGGUUUUUCUUGAGUGCAGCUUUUCAUCCGAACAACCUACUCAUUUACUAUUUGGGCAUCUAACUCCGGAAUACUUAUACAAGGAACUGGAGUGCCUCGCGCGUCACGUCCGUCUCUGCCAGCAUCAAGACGAAAACCUUUUAGAAGGCAGCCUUCGUGGCUUAAAGUGCAUUGUCAUUCAUCUAAAAGGCCUGGUGUUAUCUGCAGAUCCGUCUUAUACGACCUGCACACCCGUGCCGAAGUCGUCAUCCUCUGAGCAUUUACCGCUGCCUGUUCCUUUGAGGGAGCGCAUUCAGAAUGAGCUUGAUGCACUUGAAUCCAAAAAACGCUUGGGCGUCGAGUUUAUCAUCGCCCAGCGUGGCCAACGGAUUGAAUGCUAG